AUGACAUGUACUGACGAUGUGUUGCCUCUGCCAAACUAUCCAUUCAAUGUGUACGAAGUUGAAGACUGCCCACCAAACAAAGACCAGUGGGAAAUAGCCUCAGAAAGGCUUCAUUGCAGUACAGACAACACCAACAAAUACCGAUACCACUGUUUACCAAACAGCAACCAUACUAAACUUGUGGAAUUUUGUUUAAAUUCGACUAGAUAUGGCACCCCUCCAAUAGAUGGUGAAUUUGAUUGCUAUGUACUGUCAGGAACAGGAGAUCUGAAUCGAUAUACUUGCAUGAAUGCAUCUAAUGGUUGUCCAGAUAGUUUCUACUUUAGUGACGAAAUUUACAAGUAUCCUGAUUGUUUUCUGAUAAACAAAACUUCGGAUGGCGCCAUCAGUACAUGUACAGAUAGCUCCGAUAGUCAGGAGACGUUUCAGAUUGCUGUAACGUGUGUAACAGCUGUCAUAUUUGUCAUAGUCCUACUGAUAUCAGUAAUCUGUUUCUUGGGAAGGAGGCGGAAAAAGGGAAAACAAGGGCGUGGAAAACAAGAAAAAAUUGAGAUUGAUGAAGAUGAAGAAACACGGGAGAAGUUGAUGCAGGGUAGGUAG